AUGGGAUCGACGGCGCUCGGUGGUGCGGCUCCGGCGCGCGCCGGAUUGGCCCCCAAGAAUGGACUCCUUGGAUCUACUUUCAAGCCAUGUGGUGGUUUCAAGCUCAAAACAACUCCUAAGGUUGGACGCUCUUCAGUUUGUGUGAGAGCAUCCAUUGCUUCUUCACCACAAAAACAGUACUCUCCUAAGACACCAGCAGUUAAAUCAGGGGAGGAAGUGCGCAUUGCAGUGCUAGGAGCCAGCGGUUAUACUGGAGCUGAGAUUGUUCGGCUUCUAGCAAACCACCCUCAGUUCCGUAUCACAGUGAUGACCGCGGACAGAAAAGCUGGUGAACAGUUUGGAUCUGUAUUUCCUCACUUGAUAACACAAGACCUGCCAAAUUUAGUUGCAAUUAAAGAUGCAGAUUUUUCAGACGUUGAUGCUGUUUUUUGUUGCUUGCCACAUGGAACAACACAGGAAAUUAUUAAAGGCUUACCCCAGCAACUGAAGAUUGUUGAUCUCUCUGCGGAUUUCCGUUUGCGUGACAUCAAUGAGUAUGCUGAGUGGUAUGGUCAUGCUCAUAGGGCACCAGAACUUCAGGAAGAGGCUGUUUAUGGUUUGACGGAGGUUCUUCGAGAUGAAAUAAGAAAUGCUCGGCUUGUUGCCAACCCGGGAUGUUAUCCCACGUCUAUUCAGCUCCCUCUUGUUCCUCUAAUAAAGGCAAAACUGAUCAAGCUGAGCAAUAUAAUAAUUGAUGCAAAAUCUGGGGUUACCGGGGCAGGACGUGGAGCUAAGGAAGCAAAUCUGUACACCGAGAUAGCUGAAGGCAUUCAUGCUUACGGAAUAAAAGGCCACCGUCAUGUUCCUGAGGUUGAACAGGGAUUGUCAGAGGCUGCUGAAUCCAAAGUUACUAUCAGCUUCACUCCAAAUCUUAUCUGCAUGAAACGUGGGAUGCAAUCUACUAUGUUUGUUGAAAUGGCACCUGGAGUGACUGUCAGUGAUUUGUAUCAGCAUCUCAAGUCUACUUAUGAGGGUGAAGAAUUUGUCAAGCUGUUAAAUGGCAGCAAUGUUCCUCACACACGCCAUGUUGUUGGAUCAAAUUACUGCUUCAUGAAUGUCUUCGAGGACAGAAUUCCUGGAAGGGCCAUCAUCAUCUCUGUCAUAGACAAUCUUGUGAAGGGAGCAUCUGGCCAGGCCGUGCAGAACCUCAAUCUGAUGAUGGGACUGCCUGAGAACAUGGGGCUGCAAUAUCAGCCCCUAUUUCCUUGA